GGAAGAAAACGUCCGCACUUUCCUUCCACUUCCUCUUUCCGUCAUCGGAGUUUAGGUAGGACAGUUACUGUCUAAUUCCCUUACUGAAAUCUGGUUUAAAUCAUGAUAUUUUAACAUCAUCCACUUGUAGCAAACAUUUGUAAAUGUACAUGGAAUAUAUAAGAUUCAUACCUACUUAGUAUUUUUACUACAGACCUCUGAUUUGAAAUGUUUUUGAGUAAUUAUGUGUAGCUCUCUGGUGACAUGGCGCUGUUAGAGCGGCGGAUGGUGGCUGAAAGGCCGGCUGCCGCUGGUUCUAGAACCGAUAGUAGUUUGAUUUGACCCGUUCAAAGAAGAUAGAGAUGUCAUAUGUUAAGCUAUGAUAUAUGCCACGACUAGAUAAAACGUAGUGCUCAAACAAGUCUCAAUUAAGACAGUAAUGCUAACAUAAGUAAGUUAUAGCGGCUAAGUUGCUAAGGCUAAAGCUGGCUAUGUAUUGACAAUGUCACCAACGUGAGGUUAUUCUGACUUGGAAAUGGGUUUAAGUUAAUAUCUGAUUACUGUUUUAACUUACUGUCAAGAGUUACAAUCAGAAAUGUAGGAGCACUCUUGUGUCAGUGUGGGUUGUGAACCCCUCUGUGUUGUAUUUCAGGACACGAUGGGACGUGUGAUCAGGGGACAGAGAAAAGGUGCGGGCUCCGUGUUCAAAGCCCACGUCAAGCACAGAAAAGGUGCUGCUAAACUCCGUCACAUUGACUUUGCUGAACGCCAUGGUUACAUCAAGGGGAUCGUGAAGGUACGUUUGGUUUCUACUGUUUUUAGUAGCAGGAAUCCUUAAGCUGCUGAGUUUACUCACUGACACUAAUCGACCUGUGGUUCCCCUCCAUCCUCAGGAUAUCAUCCAUGACCCCGGCCGUGGUGCUCCCCUGGCCAAAGUGGCCUUCCGUGACCCAUACCGUUUCAAAAAGAGGACAGAGCUCUUCAUUGCUGCUGAGGGCAUCCACACUGGACAGUUCAUCUACUGCGGCAAGAAAGGUAAGACGCUGCAAGUAGACUCUUAUAGGGAUAUUCCAGCGUAAAAUUAAGUAGGGGUGAAGCACACCAUAACACCGAGUUAGACACCCCCUCGAGAGAUGAAUGUUGCCAACCGCUUGUUUCUCUAGUCAUACCAACUUAAAUAACAACUGCUCAUAGCAGUACAGAGAGAGCCACGCACUCAACCAAAACGCCACUCUAUAGCCACAAAUAAUGCUCAGAGCAGCACCUAACUUCAUCAACAGUACAUAUAGGGUCCCAGCCAUAGCAUUAGCCUUUGCCUAAUUUCUUUAGUCAAGAGACUAAACACAACUCACCCUAUCUACUCCAGCAGCCGCUUGUUUGUAGCCAGACCUCAGGCCAGUCCAUUACAGACUGCAGCAGGGUGAUUCAGCUCAAGGAAGAACAUUUAUGAUCAUUCCUUUAUCCUUGAAGUAAUAAUCAUCAUCUGAAUCAUUUUGCACUGCAGACACAGUAGCUCUUCUUCUUCUGCCUUAGUGUCUCAGUCUGAUUGCAUUUCCAUGAAGAAAUGAUCAUAAAUGUUCCUUGAGCUGCGUCACCCUGCAGCAGUCCUUUUAAUGGACUGGCCCGAGGUCUCGCUACAAACAAGCAGCUGCUGGAAGAGAGUAGGUGAGUUGUGUUUAGUCUCUUUGCUAAAGAAAUCAGGCAAAGUUAAAAAGAUGUUUGGCGGCUAGUACUAUGGCUGGGCCCCUUUAUGUACUGUUGAUGAAAUUAGGUGGUGUUCUGAGCAUUAUUUGUGGCUAUAGAGUGGCGAUUUGGUUGAGGUUUAUGGCUCCUCAGACCACUGUGUAUUGCGAUCGUUACUAAAGUUGGUAUAACUAGAGAUGCAAGUGGUCAGCAACAUUCAUCUCUCGACUGGGGGUGUCUAACUCAGUGUUGUGGUGUGUUUGACCCUGAAUUGACUUAACGCCAGAAUAUCCCUUUAAGACUGCUUUUGCUUCAGUAUGUUGUCUUAGAUCUUCUUUAACGAACCCACCAACACACAGCUGGUGUUAGACAUGUAUAUGUAACAUUAUUAGCCUCUGUGAUCAGAUAUGUGCUUAUAAUCUUCAAACUUUGUGCCUGUGCUGCUUGAACUAUCACUUACUUUGAUGCAUAAUUUACAGAAACAAUUGGCUUUAUUCUCAUCAGUUCGUGGUCAUUUUAAGUUGGGUGAAUCUUGUUGCAUCCUAUCUAGCUUAUGUGUGUUCAGACUCUCCAGGUUGACCUAUUUUAUCACAUACUCAAACAAUUGACAAACACCCCAGCAAGAGUCUGCUUGGUUAUAUUGCAAACAAAACAUGGAGGACUUCAUAGCUCUGUACUUUUCGACACGCAUUAUGAAAGCCUCUACUUUUGUCGGUACCAUACAUCUGAGGUGUUGUUUACUACUAGACUUACUUUAACCUGAUAGUACUGUCAGACCUCUGAGUCAAAGCCUGGCAUGUUAACUGUAGAGCUUUCACUAAACACAGGUUUAUCAAGGCCUCAUAUGAAAUCUGCUAUAGAUUGGGAAAUUUUCCACCAAACUGACAGGAAAUUCUGUCUCUUUUGAGUACCUAUUCAAAUUUGAACUUUUAGUAGUGAGCACAUGCUGAGUGACAAGGAUCGCAUAUGAUGAAAAGUGUAACUUUUAACAGUGAAAUAUUAUGUUUUCAAUGUCUUAUGUACUCAUGAGUACCAUCAGGAGUUAAUGAGCAAUAUUUCAAGUUAGGUUUAAUGAAACUCCUUAUCUUUAGCAUUCUUUUGUUUGAGUACAUCUAUGUUGCCUUGAAAAAGUGUGGAUGUGAAUGCUGGGCUGAAUUCAGAAACCAAAGUUGAACAGGGUUUUAAAAAUAUGAACAAAGCAGCUUGUUCUUCAACACACUGGUUGUCUGACAGGCACAGUUGUAGAAGAUAUUUCAGUGAAAGUUUGUGCCUAACAAGUUUUUACCUCUACAGCUCAGCUGAACAUCGGCAACGUCCUGCCCGUUGGCACCAUGCCCGAGGGAACCAUCAUCUGCUGUCUGGAGGAGAAGCCCGGCGACAGAGGCAAGCUGGCCCGCGCUUCAGGAAACUACGCCACAGUGAUCUCCCACAACCCCGAGACCAAGAAGUCCAGAGUCAAGCUGCCCUCAGGCUCCAAGAAAGUCAUCUCCUCUGCCAACAGAGCCGUCGUUGGUAAGAGCCUCUCAUGUCUGAAGGUGCUGAAGAUCGACUGUGACCGUGCCCUGUCUGACCAGCUCUGUCCUGUUCAUGUUUCAAGGUGUCGUUGCCGGCGGUGGUCGUAUUGACAAGCCCAUCCUGAAGGCUGGUCGUGCUUACCACAAGUACAAGGCCAAGAGGAACUGCUGGCCACGUGUCCGUGGUGUGGCUAUGAACGUAAGUGAACUCUACUGCAAUACUCUAACCGUGUUUUCUGUGAUGAUAACCAGGUAACACACAUUUUAUACAGUCAUGUGAGAGGAGGCAAGCAGAGCUGAGAUUUUGUUUUAUGCUCCAAGACUAAUAUACUGAAUUUCCCUUCUUUUCUCAGCCUGUUGAGCAUCCCUUCGGUGGUGGUAACCAUCAGCAUAUUGGAAAACCCUCAACGAUCAGGAGGGACGCACCAGCUGGUCGCAAGGUCGGUCUUAUCGCUGCCCGUCGUACUGGCAGACUGCGCGGAACAAAGACCGUCCAGGAGAAGGAGAACUAAACCUGACUUUGUUGAUAAUAAAAGAUGUGACAAAAAAAAUCUG